UGCUGAUGGUUGGGAGGACAGGAUGGAGGAGAGUGAGGCAGCUCACAACAUAUUUCCUUGCAUUUCCUUUUCUUCUUCCCAGAGAGCCAGCUCACAGAGUCAGCCAUUGACUGAGAAAAGGAGCCAAAGAGUGCAACAUCUUAUGAUGAGUCCUUUUGGAAACUGGUUUUCAACUUGCCUUAACAAAAGCUUGCCACUAGAGACACAACACACACUCUUAGGGAGGGAACAGAUGUUUUGGCGGGAGCAUCACAACGAAGGGAGCAGCAGCCAAGACAUCCAAAGACAAAUGAGGCAGAUCAACUGGGACAAAGGCAGAUGCAAACCCGUCAAUACCAUCCUUCAUGGCCCACGUGAAGAGAUCCGGGAUAUCUGCACCAACCCCAACAGCAUCAACGUUCCUUGCAAGAAUGGCCAAGACAAUUGCUUUGAAGGUCCAAACCCAUACUCUGUCACUGUCUGUCGGGAAAAGGGAAACUCUCGGCCCCCUGACUGCCGUUACAACUGUAACAAGGAAGAACAAGUCAAAGUCACUGUGGCCUGUGAGAAAAAGCAGCCUGUCCAUCUUGAGGGCAUCCACAGAGUCAUCCAAUGAUGAAUUGUGAUUGCCGUGAAAAGCUCUCAUAAAACAUGAUCUACUUUUCCAGUGAGACAAGCAAUUGCUGUCAUGUAAGCUAGGCUUAUUUUUUUUCCUUAAUAGAUAUUCUUAAUCCGUCCUCAAGACUUUAGCCCUUGAUUUAGCAUUCCUAGUGGCUAAAGUACAAAAGCCAGACUACACAGAGGUAGAAGUUGUUCUCUUCCCUCAAGCCAGCCUGGAGUGCCAGCCCGUGAUAGAUAGCAAGCUAGAGGCAGAGAA